AUGCAACUCCUGCCUCUCCUCUUCCUUAUCCCCUCCGCCCUCGGCCUUGCCUUCCCCGGCGCCGAAGGCUUCGGUCGCAAUGCCAUCGGCGGCCGCAUGGGCUCCGUCUACGUCGUCACCAACCUUGAGGACUCUGGAACCGGUUCUCUCCGUGAUGGAGUCUCCAAAACAGACCGCAUUAUCGUCUUCGCCGUAGGCGGCGUAAUCAAAAUCACCGACCGCAUGGUCGUCUCCAAACGCAUUACCAUCCUCGGCCAAACCGCUCCCGGUGACGGCAUCACGGUCUACGGCAAUGGAUGGUCUUUUAGCAACGCUGACGACGCCAUCGUCCGCUACAUCCGCAUUCGAAUGGGCAAGAGCGGGACUUCUGGUAAAGAUGCGGUCACCAUUGCUGAGGGCAGCAACAUGAUCUUCGACCACGUGAGCGUUACCUGGGGCCGUGACGAAACCUUCUCCAUCUCCGGGAGUGAGGUGGGAAAUAUCACAAUUCAGAAUAGCAUCAUUGGGCAAGGGCUGGAAACACACUCGUGCGGCGGCCUCAUUCAGACUGCACUCGGGAACGGCAUCUCCCUGUUCAGGAACUUGUACAUCGACAACAAGACGCGCAACCCCAAGGUCAAAGGCACAAACGACUUCACCAACAAUGUAGUCUAUAAUUGGGGCGGCGGUGGCGGUUAUAUUGCCGGAGACUCUGCAGGCGAAAGCAACGCACACAUUAUCGGGAACUACUUCAUUUCCGGGCCCUCUACCAGCGUCACAGCCUUCACGCGCGGCAAUGCCGAGUUCAAAGCCUACGUCGAGAAGAACUUCUAUGACUCGGAUAAAAACGGCGCGCUCAAUGGUGUCGAAUUGGGCGCCUCCUCUUCCAACUACGGCGGCGUUGCAAUCCAGACGAGCAAAUUCAACUUUCCCGCUCCUACCAAGAUCUUCAGCGCCGCGGAUGCGCUUACCUACGUUACCAGUAAGGCUGGAGCGAGCCUAGUAAGAGAUGAGGUGGACACGACGCUCUUUACCCAGGUGCAGAGCUGGGGAAAGAGUGGGGCGACGAUUAGUGAUGAGGCUACUAUGGGGGGCGUGGGUACUAUCAAUGGUGGUACUAAGCCAACUGACACUGAUGGUGAUGGCAUCCCGGAUUCUGUAGAGACACAGUUCGGGUUUGAUAUCAGUAGCAACGAUGCUAUGCAAGAUAAGGAUGGGAACGGUUACGUGAAUAUUGAGGAUUGGGCAAAUUCGUUGGUACCGAGUAGCUACUAA